GAACCAAAAAAUUAAAAAUACCAUUCUUUUUUUGUUAGACCAAAAAUUCUGUAGAGAGAGGGAGAAAGAGCUGAAUCAUCCAUGGCGUCCUCCAAGCUCCAAGCUCUAUGGAACCACCCAGCCGGACCCAAAACCAUUCACUUUUGGGCACCAACCUUUAAAUGGGGGAUUAGCAUAGCCAAUGUAGCAGACUUCUCUAAACCACCUGAAAAUCUUUCCUACCCUCAGCAAGUUGCGGUUACUUGCACUGGAAUUAUCUGGUCGCGCUACAGCACUGUAAUCACUCCUAAAAACUGGAAUCUCUUUAGCGUAAACAUUGUUAUGGCAGGAACGGGCUUAUACCAACUAGCACGAAAAAUACAGCAUGACCACUUUGCAGAGGCCAAGGCAGAGCCAGCUGUUGUAAAAGAAUGAUGACGAAAUCUUCCAAACUCCUUUUGUUUUCAGGGGAAAUAUCAGUCAUUUUGCUUCCUUGUUUUGCAGUUAAUUAAAGUUCAAUUGUCCUUGACGCUUGCCUCUGUGGCUUUGAAUUAUUCAAGCAUACUCUGUUGUGAAAAUUUGUUAACUUCUUGAUGAUUGUCAUUCUGAUUUUAGAGCCAUCAAGAGAUAUUGAGCAACUGAACUGUUAAAAAUUUCUGAUUGAGUAAUAAUUACUGCAGAUCGUUGGAUUGCUUUGCAGGCUUCGAUCGUUGCAAUUUA